CAUACUUUUCCAUUCAAACCAAACCAUGGAAGCUUCAACAUUGAGAAAUACAUUCAUCUUCUCUCUCCUUUCCAUCUUCUCCAUCUCCAGCUCCACCACCACAAGCCACAGCCACCACCACCACCCACUAGACCCUCUAACUCCCCAAGAGUUCACCCUAGUCCAAACCAUCAUCACAAAUUCAUACCACAACUCAAACCCUAAUAACCUAACUUUCCAAUAUGUAGGGUUAGAUGAGCCAAACAAACCAACCCUCCUCUCAUGGCUCUCCACCCUCAAAACCACCACACCACCACCGCGACGAGCCUUUGUCAUAACCCGAUUAAACAAACAAACCCAUGAAAUCACUGUCGAUUUGUCGACUAGUUCCAUCAUCUCCGAUCACAUUUACUCUGGCCAUGGCUACCCUUUAUUCACACUUGAGGAACAAACAACUGCAUCUGAGCUUCCAAUGACUUACCCACCAUUUUUGGAGUCUGUGAAGAAAAGAGGGCUCAAUCUAUCUGAUGUUGUUUGUUCUACUUACAGUGUGGGGUGGUAUGGAGAAGAAAAGAGUGCUAGGGUUUUGAGGAUUUUGUGUUUUUAUACAGAGGGGACUGUGAAUUUGUAUGUGAGGCCAGUGGAGGGAGUUACAUUGGUGGUUGAUUUAGAUGAAAUGAAGAUCACUCAGUAUUCUGAUAGGUUUACUGUUCCGAUGGCAAAAGCUGGAGGGACGGAGUAUCGGGCAGCGAAGCAGAAGCCGCCGUUUGGGCCAAAGCUGAAGGGUGUCGCAACCGUGCAGCCGGACGGGUCAGGUAUUGAGAUUGCUGGACACACUAUCAGAUGGGCCAAUUGGGCCUUCCAUUUGGGCUUUGAUGUGCGAGCAGGCCCAAUCAUAUCUCUAGCCUCAAUCUAUGACCUGGAAAAAAAAACAUUUCGUCGAGUAAUGUACAGAGGAUACAUAUCAGAAAUGUUUGUGCCAUAUAUGGAACCAACAGAGGAAUGGUACUACAAAACAUUUUUCGAUGUAGGCGAAUUUGGGUUCGGCCUGUCGGCAGUGUCGCUCGAGCCCAUGAAAGAUUGCCCGGCCCAUGCAGUGUUCAUGGAUGGAUACUAUGCCGGGCAAGAUGGCAAACCUGUAAAAAUUUCAAAUGUAUUUUGCAUUUUUGAGCAGAAUGCCGGAAAUGUCUUGUGGCGCCAUACUGAGACCGGCAUUCUUGGAGAAGUUAUAAGGGAGGUUAGGCCAGAGGUGAGCCUAGUGGUGAGGAUGGUAUCAACAGUGGGCAACUAUGACUACAUAAUUGAUUGGGAAUUCAAGCCUACUGGAUCCAUCAAAGUUGGGGUUGGGCUCACUGGCAUAUUGGAAGUGAAGGGAGUGUCUUAUACUCACACUGAUCAAAUAAAAGAAGAUGGUCAUGGGACAUUGGUAGCUGAUAAUACUAUUGGAGUGUACCAUGAUCAUUUCUUGACCUUCCAUCUUGACCUUGAUGUGGAUGGUGAGACCAAUUCCUUUGUAAAACACAAAUUAGAGACACGACGAGUGGCCAAUAACAUCUCUCCGAGGAAGAGCUAUUGGACUGUCGUUAGUGAAACAGUGAAAACCGAGCUCGAUGCACGGAUUCAAUUGGGCUUGAAGCAAGAAGAGUUGGUAAUGGUGAAUCCUAAGAAAAAGACUAAGCUGGGGAACCCUAUAGGCUACCGUCUGUUUCCAGGAUCGACAGUGACUUCUCUUUUGUUGAAGGAGGAUUAUCCGCAAAUCCGCGCUGCUUUCACCAACUACAAUGUAUGGGUGACCCCAUAUAACAAGUCUGAAAAAUGGGCCGGAGGGGUAUUUGUUGAUCAGAGUCGGGGUGACGAUACCUUAGCUGUUUGGACUCUCAGGAAUAGGAAGAUUGAGAACAAGGACAUUGUGUUAUGGUACACCAUGGGAUUUCAUCAUGUCCCUUGCCAAGAAGAUUUUCCGAUAAUGUCGACGCUAAGUGGUGGAUUUGAGCUCCGGCCAACCAAUUUCUUUGAGAGAAAUCCAGUGUUAAAAACAAAAGCUCCCAAGAUUGGGCAUUGGCCCAAUUGCACUGCCAAACCUUGAUCAAAUUUCCACAGACAUUGUAUGCAGAAAAAAUAAGCACAAAGUACACAUUAGUGUCUAUUUCUUCUUCUUAUAUGUAAUUUAGACGUGUAAAAGACUUGAUGAAACCAAUAAAUCAUGAGUACUUGUGAAACUGCAACAACUGUGGUCCGUGGAUAUAAUUAUAUUGUGGAAUAAACUAUGUGAAUCCUUAUUUUGUGUGUGCGACA